AUGCUAACACUUUUGAAGCCCUGGCGGAGAUGGAAGGACUUGCGCAACGUGGAUGAAUCAUGGGAUGAAGCGUUUGUGGGGCAUAAAUUCACAGAUGAACAAAAAAAGCUACUAGCAAACUUCAAUCUGCGCUAUGAAUGUUUGGAUGACCGGGACGACUAUCACCGUCAAAUGCAAAAGCGACUGAGAGAAGCAAAACAGUUCACAGUCGGCCUGUGGGAUAAUAAUUCUGGUUUUGAAGAUUGGGAUGAGGAUGACUAUACCCGGUUUAUUGAACUCGAGAAUAAACUCGCAAUGGAUAUUGCUGAGGACAAAUUAGGGAGCAAGUUCAAGAACAAGCAAAAACAAAUGCAUGAGGCACAAGAACUCAUGAAGCGUGUUGGUUGGACGAAGAGAAUAAUUGCAGAAACAGCUAAUGGAGUGAGUUCCAUUAAAGAGAGGAUAUCAACUGGUUUUACAGCUAAUAGUUGGAGAGAAUCAGUCAAGUCUGCCAAAGAACGGUUGUUAAGAGAAAGGAGAAAGUACUUGGGGUCUAAUAUCAAUGAAACAAAAGAGAAUAAAGACAAUGAUGAAAACGUAGCAGACAAGAAAGGUGAACAAGUGAAAUUGCUUAAUAUAAAUUGGUUCCAGAAAGACUACAAGGCGCAAAAAGAAGAAGAACAGGAUAUUAUAGAUACCACUGUUAAAGAGUUCAGCCUUAAUGAGGAACAAGAAAGGGCAUUUAGGAUUAUUGCUAAUCAUUCAACAAAGUCAGGUGAAGAGCAACUUAGAAUGUAUCUAGGAGGUAUGGGAGGGACUGGAAAAUCCCAAGUUAUCAAGGCUGUAAUUUCUAUGUUUAAUAAACGUAACCAAGGUCACCGGUUCAUUGUUUUGGCACCUACAGGAACAGCAGCCGCUCUAUUGAACGGGUCAACUUAUCAUUCAAUGCUAGGCAUCCGAAUGGCUGAUGCUGAAAAUGAAAUAGUGAAGUCAGACUCUAGAACAGUUCAGGAGGUGAGGUCAAGAUUGCUGGGUGUGCAGUAUAUUUUCAUAGAUGAGGUUUCUAUGAUUGCGUGCCACGAACUGUACACUAUAAGCAAGCGACUUGCUCAUAUAACCAAUAAGCCUGAUCUGCCCUUCGGAGGAAUGAACAUGAUUUUUGCUGGGGACUUCGCACAAUUACCGCCAACCAAGGGGAUGUCUCUUUACAGUAACGCUAUGGAGAAGGUUCAAGAUGCACGAAUGACAAGACGUCAGCAAGAGACUACCUUGGGAAAGAUUCUAUGGCACCAGGUGACAACAGUUGUGAUUCUACGCCAAAAUAUGCGGCAAAAGUCACAGACUGAGGAAGACGGAAAGCUUCGAAAAGCAUUGGAGAAUAUGCGGUUUGCGGCUUGUACAGCAGAGGACAUAGAGUUCUUGAGAACAAGAAUUGUAGGUGAUCGCCCUGGACGCCCAAAACUUACUGACAAAGAGUUCCAUAAUGUUUCCAUUAUUACAGCAUGGAAUUCGCAGAAGGAUGCAUUGAAUGAAAUGGGGACAGCUAGGUUUGCAGAGGAAACUGGACAAGAGAUCAGGUACUUCUACUGCCAGGAUUCCGUUGGAGCUGACUCUAACACUGGACCUGUUGAGAAACUGGAGAGAGGGCGAAUGCCCAUAUCGAUUGAAUCGGCAGUCGGGCACAAACACGAGUCCGUUAGCGCUUCCAAACCUCUUGGUGACGGGGAGCUCUCCCGGCUCUACCAAGUCCAACCCUAG